AUGAAUGUAACCGCUCCCCGCCAUUCCAACCUCACCCCGUCCGCCUCCCCCAUCGCUAAUCAUAAACCCCCCCACCCCCCCCAGGCGCGCAUCCUCUCCUCACAAACCAUCGGCGUCGAAUUCGCCUCCCGAAUCGUCAAACUAGGCACCGGCUCCAGAAAAAGACGCAUUAAGCUUCAACUCUGGGACACAGCCGGCACCGAACGAUUCCGCUCCGUCUCCCGAUCAUACUACCGCGGCGCAGCCGGCGCAAUUCUAAUCUACGACGUAUCAUCCUAUGCCUCCUUCGCCGCCCUCCCAACUUUCCUAAUGGAUGCCCGCGCCCUCGCAUCGCCAAACCUAACCGUCCUACUCGCGGGAAACAAAGCCGACCUCGCCGACACAGACUUCCCGGACGAGAUGCGCCCGCCGCCCACGCCGUCCAGCACAACGUCCAGCAAACAGUCCUCAAUGCCCUUUGACAUCAGCGGGGGUGGAGGGUCAGGCUCGAUCCGCUCGACGAUUAAUGCCGGGACGAGGUUGACUGCGACGUUCGCGGAGGGGAGGGAGGUUAGUAGCGAAGAUACGGCGCGGUGGGCGGCGCAGUCGAAUAUUCCCGUUGCGGUCGAGGUGUCGGCUUUAACGGGGGAUGGUGUGGAGGAGAUCUUUCAGCGGCUGGCGCGCAUUAUACUGACGAAGAUUGAAUUGGGGGAGAUUGAUCCUGAUGAUCCGCAGAGUGGGAUUCAAUAUGGUGAUGGGGGAUUGUUUGGGCAUGGGACGAGUGAUGCGUCGAGUAUUCGGAGUAGGGCUACUCUGGACGAUAAUGCUUUGCCUCUUCAUCGGACGUCGCGGCGGAGGGGGAAACAUGCGCAGGGACAAGGACAGGUACAGGGACAGGGGUGGAGGGGUGGGAUGAGGGAGUGGGAGGAUGUGUUUCGUCUGGGUGGUUCGUCGCGGAGAAAUCAGGGCUGUUGUUAG